AUGGUCUGCACACCCAGGCAAGCACACACAUUCAUCAAGGCUCUUCACGCCCCCCCCUUCACCCCCCGGGAUGUCGCGUGGGCUGCUGUCUGUCGCUCAGCGGCACACACUCACACACGCCUGUCACAGCAGGCAGGGAGAAAUGGCCGCCGUGCAUUUGGCAGUACCCCCCUUCUUUACCCGUGCGCCCUUUGCUCCUGGAGAAAUCGUUCUAAACAGGCCUCUGCCUUGAUGGGAGAGACCAAAAACCUCUCACAUGGCUUCUCUCUCAGUGAGAACGGCCCAGCCGUCCUGAGCACGCAGAUCUCAUCUGUAGAGGCUAACCACGACCCAUUCCCACCUUUCCCAAGACGGACGCCCAUGGAGGCAACGCGAGGGCUGUGCCUGGAAUAG